AUGGAUAAAGGUCGGAUGGCUGAUGCAAGAAAUGUCAAUGAGGAUGAUGACCCGACCCGUCAAGAAGCCUUUACCAGUAGGGUCACGGAGGUGGCGGAAGGGGUUAUGCAAGCCCAUCUUCCACGAUUAGCUCAAGAGGUAGAAAGCCGGGUUUUGGGAGUCGUGGAUGCUAUGAUGACUAGCAAGAUUGAGGAAUUGAAAGAAUUGAUUGAGGGGUCUAGAAGUAAAGGCAAGGAACGACGAUGCACAUAUAAAGACUUCAUGGCAUGCAAUCCUGCAACAUAUGAUGGUAAAAUUGACCCGAUCGCGUGCCAAAGAUGGAUUUCAAACAUAGAAGCGGUAUUUAUACGAAGUCGAUGUGAUAAGGAAGAUCAGGUGAUGUUCGCUACUGGUCAACUCACCUUUCAGGUGAAGGACUGGUGGGAUGCGCAUAGCAAGGAAAUAGGGGAAGACAGACUCCAAUUACUGACCUGGCAAGAAUUUAAGGAACCCUUUAUGAGAUACCAUUGCCCUCAGUCGGCUAUUGAUAAGAUUCAGGAAGAUUUCUUGCGCCUCCGACAGAAAAAUGAGUUGAUAAAUGAAAUAUCAAAUAUCUUCAUGGAUAAGAUGAAGUUUUGUGGAGAUUUUGUGAAGACUGAAAGGAUGAAGAUCAAUCGUUUCUACGGGGUGUUAAAGGCGGAAUUUAGGGAGUUCAUCACUCCUUCGAAAUGUGAGACCCUCGACGAACUUAUCAAUCUGGCACGAGAUAGAGAAAUUGAAAUUAAGAGACAAGAAGAACGCGGUGAAAAGAGAUUAAGUGAAAAAGGCAAGAAGGGGUGCUACAAGUGUGGUAAGGAGGGACAUUCGUCUUACCAAUGUCCAAAUAACCCAAAGACUUGCUUCAGUUGUUUUGAAAGGGGACACAUCAAAUCGGAAUGCCCAAAACUUCAGCAAGAGUCAAAGAAAGAAGAUAAGAAGCAAGAAGGUUCUAGAGCUAAAGGGAGGAUGUUUCAAAUCACAUAUGAAGAAGCCAAGUCCCAACCGAAUGUGGUCUCAGGUAUCUUUCUAUUAAACUCCAUACCGGUUUAUGUUUUAUUUGAUAUCAGAGCCACUAUGUCGUUUAUUUCAAACGACAUUGUACAACAUCCUUCAUUUAAGGUUGAACGAAUGUCGAUGCCCUUAGAAGUAGAAAUAGCUGAUAGCAAAAACUAUUUGUUGCACGAAAUAUGUAGGAGUUGUAAAUUAACCAUCGAAGAUGAGGAGUUUGACAUCGAUCUUAUACCUAUGAUUUUGGGGGAAUUUAAAGUAAUAGUGGGUAUGGAUUGGAUGUCCUAA